GGAGCGGGCGGAGCGCGGCGGGCGGAGCGGGGCCGGGCGGGCAGCGCCGGCGGCGGCAGCGCGGAGAGCUUUGCAGCCCUGCUCCCAGACAUGGCACCUGGGAAGCCUGGGAAGAGCGCGGGGGCCUCAGAGAACCCCUCGGUUACGCUUUUCCGGGAGUACCUGAGGAUUGACACUGUCCACCCAAAACCUGACUACGAUGCAGCUGUCCAGUUUCUGGAACGUGUCGGCACCGAGCUGGGCUUGGCCUGCCAGAAAGUGGAGGUGUGCCAGGGCCGUGUGGUGCUGGUCCUGACGUGGCAGGGCACGAACCCCCGCCUGCGCUCCAUCCUCCUCAACUCCCACACUGACGUUGUGCCUGUCUUCGAGGAGCACUGGACCUACCCCCCCUUCGAGGCAGUUAAAGACUCACAAGGCAACAUCUACGCCCGGGGUGCCCAGGACAUGAAGUGCGUCUCCAUCCAGUACCUCGAGGCCAUCCGGAGGCUGAAGACAGAAGGGAAGUCUUUUGCCCGCACCAUCCACCUCACCUUUGUGCCUGAUGAGGAGGUGGGAGGACACAAGGGCAUGGAGAUGUUCGUGCAGCGCCCUGAGUUUAAAGCACUCAACGUGGGCUUUGCCAUGGAUGAGGGCCUGGCCAGCCCAUCUGACACCUUCAGUGUCUUCUAUGGUGAGAGGAGCCCAUGGUGGAUAAAGGUGAAGUGCGCGGGUAGCCCCGGGCAUGGGUCCCGCUUCAUCAGCAACACGGCAGCUGAGAAGAUGCACAAAGUCAUCACCUCCUUCCUGGCCUUCAGGGAGAGCGAGAAGCAGAGGCUCAAGUCCGACUCAAGCCUGACCCUGGGGGAUGUCACCUCUCUCAACAUGACCAUGCUGGAGGGGGGUGUCUCCUUCAACGUGGUGCCCUCCGAGAUGGCUGCCAGCUUUGACAUCCGCAUCCCACCCACCGUGGACCUGAAGGCCUUCGAGAAGCAGGUGGCCACGUGGUGCCGUGAUGCUGGGGAAGGUGUCACCUUUGAGUUCCACCAGAAAUGCAUGGACCAACACAUCACCUCCACUGAGGAGUCGGACCCAUGGUGGAAGGCCUUCAGUGGAGUCUGCAAGGACAUGAAGCUGCAGCUCAAGCUGGAGAUCUUCCCAGCUGCCACCGACAGCCGCUACAUCCGAGCGGCAGGACACCCUGCUAUUGGCUUUUCCCCCAUGAACCGCACGCCGGUGCUGCUCCAUGACCACAACGAGUUCCUGAACGAGCAAAUCUUCCUGCGGGGCAUCGAGAUCUACGCCCGCCUCCUGACUGCCCUGGCAUCAGUGCCCCCGCUGCCCGCUGAGGGCUGAGCGCCUGGCGAGGGGCAGGGAGUGCCAAGCAGAGACACAAGGCUUUAAAAAGAGGGGCAGGGGCUCUGGGCACAGCAAAUACCUGCUCUGGUGCUGGGGAUGUAGAUGGCAUCGUGCCAUGUUGGCUGUGUUCAGGGCUGGCCUGAUGGGGACACCCACAGGGUUGUGUCCCCCGUGGUCAGGUGCCAGCAGAGCCUCGUGCCCAGGUGCCUCCAGCCUCUCCUGGUGUUGUCAGUGCCUCCCCCUCUCCCUGUGCCAUCUCUGGCUGCACUGGCUGGGUGAUGAGGGGCUGGCCAGUGCCCCACUCUGCCUCCCCAUGCCUUGUCCUGCCUCCCUGCCCGCUUGCUGGGGGAGCUGGGGCCAGUGCUGCCCACUCUCCCUAUCAAUAAAUCUCCUUGGUAAGCACAGCCUGGA